CUGUACGCAGUGACGUCGCGCUGUGGGCUCAGCUACGAUGGCAGCCGUAGGUUGACAUCGGUACAGUUCUCCAGAUAAAGUGUUUAAAGUUAGCGGAACAGUCCCGACUCAGUGACGUGCAGCACAGUGAGAGUUUUCAGAGAGCGCACGCUUUAAACACGCACACAUAAACAAACACACACUCACCCGCCCGGCUGGUAACGUAGCACUAUGCCCGCAGCUACUGUGGAUCACAGCCAAAGAAUAUGUGAGGUUUGGGCCAACAACCUGGAGGAGGAGCUGAAGAGGAUCAGACAUGUCAUCCGUAAAUACAACUACAUCGCUAUGGACACAGAGUUUCCAGGUGUCGUAGCCCGACCAAUCGGAGAGUUCAGAAGCAACGCAGACUAUCAGUAUCAGCUACUUCGCUGUAAUGUGGAUUUGUUGAAGAUCAUCCAGCUGGGCCUCACGUUUAUGAAUGAACAAGGAGAAUAUCCUCCAGGAACGUCCACGUGGCAGUUCAACUUCAAGUUCAACCUCACGGAGGACAUGUAUGCACAAGACUCCAUCGAACUCCUGACCACUUCAGGGAUUCAGUUCAAGAAGCACGAAGAUGAAGGAAUCGAGACGUUGUAUUUUGCAGAGUUGCUGAUGACGUCGGGGGUGGUGCUGUGCGACGGGGUCAAGUGGCUGUCCUUCCACAGCGGCUACGACUUUGGAUAUUUGAUCAAGAUUCUGUCCAAUGCUAACCUGCCUGAGGAGGAGGUGGACUUUUUUGAGAUUCUUCGCUUGUACUUCCCUGUCAUCUACGAUGUCAAGUACCUGAUGAAGAGCUGUAAAAACCUGAAGGGGGGGCUACAGGAAGUAGCCGAACAGCUGGAGCUGGAGAGGAUUGGACCGCAGCAUCAGGCCGGCUCGGACUCCUUACUCACAGGCAUGGCCUUCUUCAAGAUGAGAGAGAUGUUUUUUGAGGAUCAUAUCGACGAUGCAAAGUACUGCGGUCACUUGUACGGCCUCGGCUCCGGCUCCGCCUACGUCCAGAAUGGAACAGGAAACGCGUACGAAGAGGAGGCGAACAAGCAGCAGUCGUGACAGCACUCCAAGAAACGGAAAACCCAAAAAGGAAAAAAAAACAACAACAAGGAAACAAGACAAACAAACUCUGCCCUUCACCUCACCUCCACAAUCAGAGCAGCGCUGAGGCUGAGCGGCCGCAGCCACGUGACCAUUGGAAUGGAAGAAGACGAAGCAUUUACACACCAUGUAGACGCUGCUCACCUUCAGAUAACUGAGAGUCCCUGCUGUCCUCACACAUGCUGCUGCAUGUCUGUAAAUCCCGACGUCCUGCAGGUUUGUCUGACUCGCCAGCCUUGACUGAACUGAAACACUGUUUUAAAUAGUUUGUUGUAAAUGAAAUGAAGGAAGAGGAGGUCCAAACUGAGGAGCUCACUUUAUUCCCAUGACGCGUCACAACCGCACAGGUCUCACACAUUUAUUUUGUUUCUGCAGACAGAAUAGAAAAAUAUAAAUUGACACCAACAAUAACCAUUACAUUUUUUUUUUUUUUUACAGGCGUACAUUCUCAAAGGAUCUUCACUCUGGUUCCAGCACAAGACGAGAAAAGACAGAACGGAGAAGUUCAACCGUGGACAGGAAAAUGUCUGGAACUGUUUUUCAGUUUCAUCACACGUCACAUUCAGUCACAACACCAACAUGCUUGUUGUCAGUGAGCUGGACCCACUGUUGUCACGGUGAUGGUUGAUGCCACCCCACUGCUGGUGGGGGGUCGGGGGUCAUGCUGCGUCCAGACAGAAGAGCCCUUAUUCAGAAAACUGAACUCAUUUUGUUUUUGUUUUUUUUGUUUUUUUUCAAGCAAAGACCAGAACAUCAGCCAGGUUCACUCCAAAGACGACCGUUUCAGUGGCGUCCUGAGACGACAGCAUGCAUCACUGGACCUUCGACAGCACGAUGUGUCUCACUGUCUGUCCAGGAGGGGGUAGUGGUGAGCAGUCGACUCUGACUCUCUCUCAGAGGUUUGGAGGGGAACUGACGGCCGUCCUGGGGACUGGAGACAGACACAGAACCACAGUUUAAGCCACUGUAACAACGUCGUCGUCUCAGGGUUGGAGCCGGAGGGUGAGGACGGCUGCUCCGGGUCCAGAUUUACAAGACAGGAUGGAAACGAGCAACCGUCGCCUAAACUGGAGGCCAAUAGUAAUCACACGUAUUAAAGGUGGAAUAUGCAGUUUUUUUUAUGCAAUAUUUGUGUGGGUUUGUUUAGAGGAAUCUGACAAAGUUAAUAAUGAAAAUUAAUAAAAAAUGUUACACUUUU